GUACUGCCGUGCUUGUUGUUCAUCUUUUGUUGCAGGGUUGCGAUUUCAUUGCUUUAAAUGCCUUAUUAGGGUUCCGGGAACCGGUUUUUUAAGUUCCAUGCUUCUUUUUAUUUAAUAAUUUUCCAAUUAAAUGUUGGCAAUCGAAAAAUGAUUCCUUUUUCUGGGGAUUUUACUUUUUUCUCCUGUUUUUUGAGCACCCAUUUGAAAUCUAUUUGUUGGUUUCUUUCAGAUUCUCCUUGCUGUUCACAAAUGAAACAAAGGGUGGCUGCUAGGAGUUGAUGGUUGUUUAAUAGUAUCUGUUUAUAUAUACUGCAGUUUCUUGGAUUUAUGGGCGAGUAGUGAGAGGAUGAUAAAAGCUCAAGAUUUUGAUUGUUGGGGUUGAAUAUGAGCCAUGAGGGUGGAGAGGGUACCAGAGAGAAUGAGCUGCGAGACAAUGCAUCAACUACAAGACCAGGAUCUGAUGACUUUGGCCGAGCUGUAUCAAAGGUUGCAGUGGCACAGAUAUGUGAAAGCCUUGGAUACGGGGGUUUCAAGGAUUCCGCUUUGCAGGCUCUGGCAGACAUUGCAAUCCAGUAUAUACGUGAGUUAGGGAAAACUGCAAGGUUCUAUGCUAAUUUAGCAGGUAGAACAGAGUGCAAUUUUUUUGAUAUUAUUUGGGGUUUUGAAGAUUUGGGAGAAGCUCAUUGGCUGGGUGCAUCGGAGAAAGGAAACAGUGUGAUGGUGUCGAGAAAAGUGAUGGAAAUAAUCCAAUUUUUGAGUUCUACCAAGGAAAUUCCCUUUGCUCAGCCAGUGCCACGAUAUCCUGUUAUUAGGAGCAGGAGGAUGACUCCGAGCUUUGUUCAAAUGGGUGAAACACCUCCUGGUAAACAUAUUCCCACUUGGUUGCCUGCCUUCCCUGAUCCUCACACGUACAAGCAUACGCCAAUGUGGAAUGAAAGGGUAUCAGAUCCUCGUGCUGACAAGAUUGAGCAAGCAAGGCAACGGAGGAAGGCAGAGAGAGCAUUGUUGAGUUUGCAACAGAGACUUGUUUGUAAUGAUUCACGUAGAACAUCAGAUUGGGGGUUCAUGAACAAUGAGAAAGAAGAAAUGCAGGAAGUUGGAAACAACCCAUUUCAUGCCACACCUUCAGAGCUUGAGAAGAAAAAUGUUUCUCCUGUUGCACCAGUGUCGGGUAAGGUUGCUGGUGGAGCUAUGAAUGGGAACCAUUUAUCUCUGUUGGAGGCAUUUGCUCCAGCCAUCGAAGCAGUGAAAUGCGGAUUUAGUGAAGAUGGAGAUGUUGAGAGAAAUGAACUUCCUGACGAAAGGCCUGCUAUUCACUUUAAGCUCAGAACUGGCAAAAAAAUUAUGGGUGAAUAUUUGGAUAAAAGUCUCCAUAAUAGGAAGGGUGAUCAGAGAGCUGUGCCUUUUCUGCGAGAUGAGGAGAGAGAUGACAAAAAAAGGAGGGCUGAGUUUAUCCUUAAACAAUGCAUGGAAAACCCUUCAGACCUCAAUCAGUUGUAGAUUAAUUCAUUGAGGUGGCUGCCUGAUUGUAGUUUGGACUUGCACGUUUUUUUGAAUCUGGAUGUAGCAGUGGGGCCAUUCAUGUCCAUUCUUAGGCAUGCUGUUGUUGUGAGUGGAAUACCAUGAGAAUUCUGUUGCGAGUUCCUUGUAUUCCCAAUUGGGAAUUUUUCAAGUUAUGUUAAUCAGGAAUUGUGUCAUGUUAAUUGUAGGAUUAAUCUUAACUGAGUACGGCUUUACUUCAAACUAAUUUCUUAAAGGUGGUUUUGCUAUUUGACCAUCUGCUGUUGUAUUUUUGACAGUAAUAAUACUUAUACUGAUUGGACUGGGCA